AUGACCGCAGUUCAAGAGGCACAGCAACAACCGCACGAUGCAGAGCACGAGUCCACCCCCGAAGCACGGCUCGGGCGGGAGCUCGCAGCGGGUGCCUUUGCGGGGGUGACCGAGUUGGACCUGGCCAACCGCGGCCUUGCCUCGCUGCCCGCCGCGCUGUGCACAGGCCUUCCGGGGCUCACCAAGCUCAACAUGGCCGGCAACGCCCUCACCACCCUGCCCCCCGAGUUCGAGCGACUGACCAGCCUCCGCACGGCCUUCUUCCUGGGCAAUGGGUUCACCACCGUACCCGAGGUGCUCGGCCGGCUCCCGGCCCUGUUCAUGCUCAGCUUCAAGUCCUGCCAGCUGCACGACGUGCCCGAGGCCUCGCUCGCCCCGUCGCUAGGGUGGCUCAUCCUCACCGACAACCAACUGACCGCCCUCCCCGCCUCGCUGGGCCGGCUGUCGCACCUCCGUAAGCUCAUGCUGGCCUCCAAUCAACUCACUACGCUGCCCGACAUGUCCGGUUGUGUGGCGCUCGAGCUCGUGCGGCUGUCUGACAACCGACUCGACGCGGUCCCGCCCGGCCUGCUCGCCCUCCCGCGGCUGGCCUGGGUCGCGCUCGCGGGCAACCACCUGCAGCCGCGCCACCGCGACGCGCCGCUGGAUCUGCCCCCGCGCCUGGCCGACACUGCCGCCUGGCCCGACGUGACGCUCGGCCGUCAGCUCGGCGACGGCGCAUCGGGCACCGUCUACGAAGCAAUGCACGGGCAGGCGCAGCGCGCGGUGGCUGUGAAAGUGUACAAACCGGCGUCGUCGGACGGCAGAGUGGUGGACGAGGUGGCGGCGGCGAUCGCGCUGGCCCAUGAAGACACCGACCAACACCCCAACCUGAUCCAGACCCACGGGUUCAUUCAGCGCGAUGACGCUGCGCCGGCGCUGGUGAUGGAGCUGCUGGACCCGGCGAUGGAGCUGCUGGGCCGCACGCCCUCGUUCGCCAGCGUCACGCGCGACGUGUACCCGGCGCGCGAGCGGGCCUUCCCGCUGCGCUACGUGGUGGCGGUCGCGCGCGGCGUGGCGGCGGCAGUGGCGCACAUGCACGCCCGUGGGCUCAUCCACGGCGACGUCUACGCGCACAACAUUCUCGUCGACGCCGCCGAGCUGCCCUCCACCACGCAGAGCACGGCGCCGCCAUGCUGGCGCGUCAAGCUGGCCGACCUCGGCGCCGCCUUCUUCUUCCACUCUGAAUCCAACGCCGACUCGCCCGACAACGCAGCCGCUCACCUGCUGAAGCGCGUCGAGUCUCGCGCGCUGGGCUGUCUCCUCGAGGAGCUCAUCGAGCGGUGCGCGGCCGCUGAGGCAUCACAAGAAGCGUCGACGCUUGCCGCACUCUGCCGGCUGCGCGAUGCCUGCCUGGACUACAACGUGGGGCAGCGGCCAGAGGCCUCCGAGCUCGUCGUGGCUCUAGACAAGUUGAUCUUCUAG